AUGGAAUCUUGGCACAAGGAACUGACAAGAACACAUAGUCUGCAAGGGGCACUCAAGGUUAAAGACAGUAAAACAGGACAGAUGAUUUUGAAAGGUAACGUUCUUGAAGAAAGCAAACUGGAAGAGGAGAUCAAUCAAAUUAACCACUGGCAAAGAAAAGAAGAAAGUCGGCUGAGAUGGGAGAAGGAAUUCGCAAUUAAAGGCUUUAGGAAAAAAAUGCUGAAACGAGGUAAAUCGAUCCCUGAUGUAUUACAGUUACGCUUGCCUCCAACUGGGACAGAAACCACGGUACCCCGUAAGUUACCGGUAGAGAGAACUCAAAGUAAUGAUGAACGAGUGCACAAAACUUUAGCGUAUCGCCUAUCGAGCGACGACUCUUCUCCUGAAAGGAGUCCUUAUAACUCACUAGAAAAUAUGUAUGUCAAGCCGAGAUUAAGAGAGCAAGCAAGACGCAACACAACUUCGUUGCCUGCUCUGAUUUCACCGCAUUUGAUGAGGAAAGCCUCGUCCAUGAACGAUCCUAGGUUCACAAAUCUUAUUCGUCAGCUGGUUCCAAAAAAUGAGGUCGUGACAGACAGCUACGAGACUGAAGGGGAACAGCGUCCAGAUGAAUGA